CAGCAAUGAAUACAAAUAUUUUGACAAAUGUAAUCCAAGGUUCCGCUUCUGCCUUGCCCUUUAUUAAACGUCAUAUCCUGACCUUGCUGACUUCUGUCGGUUGCGCGCAUGCUUAGUUCUCUUUACGACUCGGCUGGCAAAGAUGGCGGAUGCACAAACCGAGAGGGCUUAUCAGAAGCAGCCAACCAUCUUCCAGAACAAGAAGCGUGUUCUGGUUGGUGAAGGUGGCAAGGAGGCCAAGGAGAAGCUCCCACGCUACCACAAGAGCGUUGGUCUAGGCUUCAAAACCCCAAGAGAGGCUAUCGAUGGUACUUACAUUGACAAGAAAUGCCCCUUCACUGGGAAUGUCUCCAUCCGUGGUCGUAUCCUCUCCGGCGUGGUGACCAAGAUGAAGAUGCAGAGGACCAUCGUCAUCAGACGUGACUACCUGCAUUACAUCCGCAAAUACAACCGCUUUGAGAAGAGGCACAAGAACAUGUCUGUCCAUCUCUCACCUGCCUUCAGAGACGUCUCCGUCGGAGACAUUGUUACCGUCGGAGAGUGCCGACCCCUCAGCAAGACAGUCAGGUUCAACGUCCUCAAGGUCACAAAGGCCGCUGGCGCCAAGAAGCAGUUCCAGAAGUUCUAAUCUAGGAUGUGCAGGAGAUGAGACCAAUUGACAGGAAGGCUUUCUAGGCUGACCUGCUCUGAAGUAUCUGAAAUAAAGAAAAUGUUCUGUA